AUGAUCAACGCCGUGCUCGUGUUCAACAACAACGGCCAGCCGCGUCUGACCAAGUUCUACACGCAAAUUGAUACACAAACGAAACAAUCCCUCAUUGCGCAAAUCUACGAUCUCGUCGCCCAACGCCCACCCAGCGCCUGCAACUUCCUCCCGCUUCCCCCGCUACUCGCGCGCGGCGCCAGCUCCAGCGCCGAGAAUGGGCCCUCGGACGCCCCGACGCAGGUGACCUACCGGACGUAUGCGACGCUCUCGUUCAUCAUGAUCUCGACGUCGACGGAGUCGCCGCUGGCGCUGAUCGACCUGAUCCAGGUGUUUGUCGAGGCGCUGGACCGCAUGUUUGAGAAUGUGUGCGAGCUGGAUCUCAUCUUCGGGUAUGAGACGAUGCAUGCCGUGCUGAGCGAGAUGAUUGUUGGCGGCGUCGUGGUGGAAACGAACAUUGAUAAGAUUGUCGCCGGGGUGCGCAGUCAGGAGGGCUCGAUGGGGAAGAAGAGAGCCAUUCAGGCGGCGAGCUCGGGGGUUGGACGUGGGGGGUUGCCUGGGCUUGGGGCAUGGCGGUGA